AGUGGCGGCGGGGACGGACGGGGCGGUUUGCCUCCUUCCUGGAAAUCAAACGAUCAAAUAUUUGGUUAUCUCAGAGGUCGCUCAUGAAGAACGCGCUGUAGCUCCUUUGAAAGAUAACCUAUCAGCAGAGAGCCUCUUAAGCAAAAUGUUCUUGUGGGGGUGUGGAGGCUUUAGCAUCGUUUGCGUAGAGCCUUGAAACUCUAUCCCUCCGAAGGCUGGGAAUUAGUCAGGAAAGGGAGGAGAGAAGGACGAUGCUUCUAGGGAUAAAACUCAUCACCCUACCCCUGCUGCACAGAACAUGCUCAGCCUGUAGGUUCAGGAUUUAAAGUACUUAGAAACCCUGCAGAUCAUUUGGAGGACAGAAAGGGCUCGAAUGUGUGUAACAUUUGUCCUGUCUCUAAUAAGAGUCUGUCAGUUCACUGGCAUGAUGAGCUUUAUUUCAUAUUUGGCUGUGGAAUAGAUUGUUAUCCCUGCCUGCCUUUAGUGUGUGAAGAAUGCAGCAUUGUCCAGCUUAAUCCUUUUUAGCCUUAGAAGUCUUUUGAGGCCAUUCAAGCCUUUCCUAGUGUGCAAAAGUGGAGAAACUAAAGGAGAAGGAAAAACUAAGGGGAGAAAUUGAAAUGGAAUUGUUCUUUUUACUUAAGGCUCCCAGAAAAGACGACAACCCCGUGUCCCACAGGCCCCUGGCUCUGGGCCCCAGUGCUCCCAGGCAGGAUCCAUGUGUGGGGAGUCGGGGCAGGAUGGAGAGCCUGGGGCUGCCAGCAGCGACCCUUGGGGAUGGCACCACGGCCUACCUGCAGCAGGCUGGCAGAGGUGAAAAGCUGAUUGAAGGGCAAGUCAUUGAACUUGAAGAUGGGACCACAGCUUAUAUCCAUCAGGUGACAGUUCAGAAAGAGGCUGUGGCUUUUGAAGAUGGGCAGCCAGUGGUACUGCAGGAUGGCAGCACAGCCUUCAUACACAGCACAGAUAAAGAGAGUUAUGAGCCUGGCACAUUCCAGGCUGUCCAGCUAGAGGAUGGCUCCACUGCCUACAUCCACCAUCCUGUCAUCAUGGCACCUGGCAGCACCAUCCUGGAAGUGCAGACAGAAACUGGGCUCAAAGAGUUGGCUGGGGAUGAGGAAGAUGAUGGCUUUGAUGUGGACACCAUUAAUGCACUGCAGCAGUAUGGCAGGAAGGAUUUGCAGGAGGAGGAGGUGCAAAACAACAGGAAGGGGCAGCAGGUUGGCAGCAGAGCUUUCCGCUGUGGGUACAAAGGCUGUGGCCACCUCUACACCACUGCCAACCACCUCAAGGUACAUGAACGUGCUCACACAGGUGACAGGCCAUACACAUGUGACUUUCCAAGUUGUGGGAAAGCAUUUGCUACAGGGUAUGGGCUGAAGAGCCAUGUGAGAACACACACAGGUGAGAAACCCUACAGGUGUCCAGAAGACAUGUGUAGCAAAGCCUUCAAAACCUCCGGGGAUCUGCAGAAACACUUCCGCACGCACACGGGUGAGCGUCCCUUCAAGUGCCCCUUUGUGGGCUGUGGCCGCUCCUUUACCACGUCCAACAUCCGCAAGGUUCACAUCCGGACGCACACAGGUGAGCGGCCCUACAUGUGUGCAGAGCCUGGCUGUGGCAGGGGCUUCACCAGUGCCACCAACUACAAGAACCACAUGAGAAUCCACACAGGAGAGAAGCCGUACCUGUGCACCAUGCCAGGCUGUGGGAAGCGCUUCACAGAGUACUCCAGCCUGUAUAAGCACCAGGUGGUGCACACACACUGCAAGCCCUACACAUGCAGCAGCUGUGGCAAGACCUACCGCCAGACCUCCACACUGGCCCUGCAUAAGCGCAGCAGCCACUGCGAGCUGGAAGCCACCGAGGAGAGCGAGCAGGCCCUCUAUGAGCAGCAGCAGCUGGAGGCUGCUGCAGCUGCUUACAGAGGCUCUCCACUGAAGAGUCAGCAUAUUGCUUUCCUGUCAGAGAGGGAGGACGAUGAAGAGGAAGGUGCUGUUCCUCCACAAGUCUCGCUUAUCUCUCAGGAUGGGGCAGAGCAGACAUUGCUGAACUCAGACUCCCUGAGCAUCUGCUGUCAUCCCUGGGUCAGUCUGUCUCAGGAAGAGCUGCAGGCCCUGGGCAGUGCCAUCAGCAUGGUGACACAGAGCAAGGCCCUCGUUGUGCCUGAGGGAGAGCUGGCCAGUGGUGACACUGGGACCAUGACUGUGGCCAACACCAAUGGCACUGAGGCACAGGAGGUAGCUGGGACAAAGCUGGGACUGUCCCUGAUUUCUCUGCUAGAUAAGAACUGCAUUUUCUUUUAAAACAUGAUCAUCUGAACUUUUCCCAGGUGACCAUAGUCGCCUCUGGGGCAGUGGUGUAAGAGGAAUCAGACAUGGCCCUGCUCUGUCAUCAGCAGGUGGCAUUGCUGGUCACCUCCCAUGGCACCCACAUUGCUGUUCAGGUACCACAUGGCUCUUGCCACCAUCCCCUUCACUCCCUGGCCAUCUGAUGCCUGCAGCACUUGCCCUCUGGCCCUGCUGCAUCACUGCUUGCCCAGGGGGCUUGCUCAUUCAUUCACAGAUGCCCUGUGUGCAGAGGACAGCAGGGACAUCCUGCUGGGAUUGCAGAAUGCCCCUUUGUAAACAGCGUCUGC